GCAGCAGCGCGCAGACGCGACACGCCAACUUCGCGCCAGCGCGCCUCAAGUGCGCAGGCGCGCAAGCCGCUCUCUUUUCUGCUUUCCUUUCUCCCUUUCCAGACGUCAGCGGCCGUUGGGUCCUAUGUCGCGCCGGGCUCUCCGGAGGCUGAGGGGGGAACAGCGCGGCCAGAAGCCCCUCGGGCCCGGCGCCCUGCAGUUUGUCCUCCGGGAAGAUGAUGACGCAGAAGAGGGGUCGAAACGGGGGCUGGGUGGCUGCCGCCACCGGGGAGCAGAGAAGGAGGGCGUCCGCGUCAACAACCGGUUCGAGCUGAUCAACACUGAAGACCUUGAAGAGGAAACUCCGAUGGAUGGGGAGAGGUCCGACUGCGUGCCGGCAGGCCCUGUGGCUUCCAGGAACAGGGGCAGAGUGAAGCGGAAUGCAGAGUCCAAGAAGGACGGAGAUGGGGAUGACGGGGCUGUGCCCCCUGAGCAGUCUAAUUCCAGUGGGAAACUCCGAAAAAAGAAAAAGAAACAGAAAACUAAGAAAAAUGCUACAGGAGAGACCUCGGAUAACGGGCUGGAGGAUAUCGACCGCAUCUUGGAGAGGAUUGAGGACAGCAGUGGGCUGCAGCGCCCAGGUCCACCCCCCGUCAGCGCCAGGAGGCACGUCCUGUACGUGGAGCACAGACACUUGAAUCCAGACACAGAACUGAAAAGGUAUUUCGGUGCCCGAGCGGUCCUGGGAGAGCAGAGGCCACGCCAGAGACAGCGCAUGUACCCCAAGUGCACGUGGCUGACGACCCCCAAGAGCGCCUGGCCCCGGUACAGCAAACCAGGCCUCUCCAUGCGGCUGCUGGAAACAAGAAAAGGGCUUUGCUUCUUUGCGUUUGAGCAUAGCGAAGAAUACCAGCAGGUGCAGCACAAGUUCCUGGUCGCCGUGGAAUCCAUGGAGCCAAACAACAUCGUGGUUCUCCUCCAGACCAGCCCCUAUCACGUUGACUCGCUCCUGCAGCUCAGCGACGCCUGCCGAUUUCAGGAGGACCAGGAGAUGGCACGAGACCUCAUAGAGAGAGCGCUGUAUUGCAUGGAGAGUGCCUUCCACCCCUUGUUUAGCCUCACCAGUGGGGCCUGCCGCCUGGACUACCGCCGGCCCGAGAACAGGAGUUUCUACCUGGCCCUCUAUAAGCAGAUGAGCUUCCUGGAGAAGAGGGGCUGUCCACGCACGGCCCUGGAGUACUGCAAACUCAUUCUGAGCCUGGAGCCCGACGAGGACCCCCUGUGCAUGCUGCUGCUCAUCGACCACCUGGCCUUACGUGCCCGCAACUAUGAGUACCUGAUCCGCCUCUUUGAGGAGUGGGAGGCUCAUCGGAACCUGUCCCAGCUCCCCAAUUUUGCCUUCUCCGUCCCGUUGGCGUACUUCCUGCUGAGCCAGCAGGCAGACCUCCCUGAACCCGAGCUUGGCUCCGUGAGGGAGAAAGCCUCCCUGCUGAUCCGGCAGGCGCUCACCAUGUUUCCUGGAGUUCUCAUGCCCUUGCUGGAGGUAGCAAGCGUGCGGGCCGGACCAUCACGGUCUUCUAGUCAUCGCUUCUUUGGACCCGAUGCCGAAAUCAGCCAGCCCCCUGCCCUGAGCCAGCUGGUAAGCCUCUACCUGGGCAGAUCACACUUCCUCUGGAAAGAGCCUGCCACCAUGAGCUGGCUGGAGGAGAACGUGCGUGCAGUUCUGCAGGCAGUGGAUGCUGGGGACCCCGCCGUGGACGCCUGUGAGGGCAGGCGGAAGGUGCUCUACCAGCGGGCCCCCAGGAACAUCCACCGCCAUGUGAUCCUCUCCGAGGUCAAGGAGGCUGUUGCUGCCCUGCCCCCGGACGUGACCACACAGUCUGUGAUGGGCUUCGACCCUCUGCCUCCUCUGGACACCAUCUAUUCCUACGUCCGACCUGAGAGGUUAAGUCCUGUCAGCCACGGAAACACAAUUGCUCUCUUCUUCCGGUCGCUAUUGCCAAAUUACACCAUGGAGGGGGAGAGGCCGGAGGAGGGCGUGGCAGGGGCCCUGAACCGCAACCAGGGCUUGAACCGGCUGAUGCUGGCCGUGCGUGACAUGAUGGCCAACUUCCACUUCAAUGACCUGGAGGCUGCGCGCGAGGAGAACCUGGAUGGUGAAGGGGAGUGGGACUGAGCGCCCGGAUGCCACGUCUUCAAAUGCUGUAAAAUUAUGUUCCUGAUUCUUGCUCUGGUUGAAGCUGAUCAGUUCCCUGAAGUAGAAACGCUGGAUGUAUCGCUGGCUUGCCCUUUCCUAUAAAUGUAACGGGACAUGCCCUGCU